AUGGUCAAAUCUCUGCCAAAGGAACCUUCAAAAAUUACAACCAGUCUAGCUCUUAAAACCAGGUCUGCUGAGUUUAGGAUGUCCACAAUACCAAUUUAUGAUGAUGCUUCCAGUCAUCUGGAGCUCAAGAAACUAUCAUGCAUUGUCAAUAAGGAUAGGCUCUUCUAUUUUGUCUAUCUUCAGAACAACAUAAUUAGUUCUAUCAUUAAGCAGGAUGCUCCCAUUUGCGGCCCAAGGACUGGUUUGAAGUGGGAUGUUGUUGUACCUUACUACUUCAAGUGGCGGCCAUUGGAACUUCCGGUACUGAACAAGCCCACUGGGCACAUAUCUUCAGCAAAUUACAAUGUCGCUAGCUAUAUUCUGUUUCCUCCUCUGCACAAGAGGCUUAAAAUCAGGAGCAUUUCUACCAUUCCAAAUAUACAUCAUGUGACCUUCCAAUCAGCAAGGAAGAACUUCGUGAAAUACAAAAUAUAA